GCUAACCGAUGUCUCUUGUGACCCCUCUUGCAGGUCGGGGAGUGGCAAGCCGUCGGCGUAGGGGGCGGACCCCCCCCUCGCCCGUGCCGGAGAGGGGAGAUGCCAUUCGCCUGCCCGGACUGCGGGCGCGGGUUCUCGCAGUCGUCCCACCUCCUGGCGCACCGGGCGGCCCACACGGGGGAGAAGCCGUUCGCCUGCCCGAUCUGCGGGAAGGGCUUCACCCGGGCGGCCUACCUGCGGCGGCACCAGGCGGCCCACACCGGCGAGAGGCCCUUCGCCUGCUCGCUCUGCCAGAAGUCCUUCACCCGCUCCUCGGACCUGCUGGCCCACCAGGCGGCCCACACCGGCGAGCGGCCCUUCCUCUGCCCCGACUGCGGCAAGGGCUUCGCCCAGCCCUUCCAGCUGCGGGUCCACCGGCGGGUGCACACCGGCGAGCGGCCCUUCCCCUGCCCCGACUGCGGCAGGGCCUUCACCCAGUCGUCCCACCUGCAGCGGCACCGGCGGCUGCACACCGGCGAGCGGCCGUUCGUCUGCCCGGACUGCGGCAAGGGCUUCGUCUGGUCCUUCGAGCUGAGGCUGCACCGGCGGCUCCACGCCGGCCCGCGGCCCUUCGCCUGCGCCGACUGCGGCAAGGGCUUCGCCCGGGCCUUCGAGCUGACGCUGCACCGGCGGGUGCACACCGGGGAGCGGCCCUUCCCCUGCCCGGACUGCGGCCGCCGCUUCACGCAGCUCUCCAACCUGCAGACGCACCGCGCGGUUCACACCGGCGAGCGGCCCUACCCCUGCUCCGAGUGCGGCAAAGCCUUCACCCGCUCCUCCCACCUCGUGGCCCACUACCGGGUCCACGCCGGCCAGCUGCUCCAGUGAGGCGGGGGAGGGGUCCGCGCCGGCCUGCGGAGGCCUCUGCUAACCUCCUCCGGGUCUCGGGGAGGAGCCGACACGUCCCGGAUCCCUGGAGGCGGGAACCUGGCCUCGGCCCAGCCCCAGUGCCCCUCCCACGGUGGUCAGCUUAAGUCCGCGCCCUCCCCCUCUCGCUCCUCCUGUGCCCCUGCGUGGGGUGAGGAGGUUUCCCGGAGACCUCCGGGCCGAGAAGGCGCGGCGCCGUUAGUCGCGGCCCCGCUGCGGUGACGGGAGGGUGAGGUGUCCGAUGUGUCUCUGUAUUCGAAUCCCACCCCUUCCCCGACACCCGUCUCCUUCCGGGCAGUCCCAACAAAUCCAGUGAUCACGGCGGAAUCAACGUAACGGCCGCGCCGACGGGGCGGACAGCCGGAGCAAUGGAGUGUGCGGACGCGGAAAACAAAUUAAUAAACCAGCAGUAAAUAU